UGGAAACAGCCUUUCACCUGCUCCGAGCCGCGCACACGCUCCUCUGCAACAUCUGCCACGUCGUCUCUGAUGGAGACAGAGGGACAGUGUAACGGAGUCUUAUUGGAUGUGGAGUGACAAGUAUACCCCCGUUUGGCGUCUCCCCAUGGACCAAACGAUCCUUUUUGGGGGAUCGCCAGACGUUUAAACGCGUUUAGUAUUUUGAACGUUUAAAAGCGGCGACUUUAGGCAGGCUUGGAAACUCCGUGCGGCGUGUGAGCUCCGUGUUUUAAUUGUACUACAAUGUCCCAGACCGUCUGCGUGGAAAACUUAAAGGCAUGCUGCAUAUUGAGGGCUGCGAACGCGCUGAGAGCGAGCUGAGACAGAUGGACACAAGCCCGACAACACACUGGAGACAUGAUGUAUUGCUGAAUGGGUGACAAACUCCCUGUCACCUCACAUACUCUGUGAAGUCCCCCUCCCAUCGCAUUGUACAGGACAGGGUCCCCCAGCAUAGUGGCAGUAAUGUACCAGGAGGUGGCCUUCCUGGCAGGCAGCACAGAGCACCAAUUCACAUCGUUUCGCUUCAACCGAGUGGAGAACCCGCAGGAGGUCACCUCCAAGAAGGGUUUGUUCUACAAGCGAGCCCAGCUCCUACUCCAGCCUCAGCCUCGCCAACAGGAUGGAGAUGAGAUCGGCCUGGCUGACGGGGCGGCCAUUAUUAAUGUGGGGGGGAUCAAGUACCGGAUCCCCUGGUCCACACUGGAAGAGUUCCCCCUGACACGGCUUGGUAAGCUGCGCAGCUGCAGCAACGAGGCUGAGAUCAUGGACGUGUGCGACGACUACGACGGCAGCCGCAACGAGUAUUUCUUCGACCGAAGUCCUUCAGCUUUCCGCACAAUUGUCACUUUCUUAGCGGCGGGGAAGCUGCGGCUGCUGAGGGAGAUGUGCGCCCUUUCCUUCCAGGAGGAGCUACUGUACUGGGGGGUGGAGGAGAACAACCUGGAUUGGUGCUGCCUCAGGAAGCUGCGGCUCAGGCAGGAAGAGUACAAGGAACAGCAGAGGCUAGAGGAGGAGGAUGCAGAGCUCACCUCACCGCAGUCCUGCGAGGAGAGCCAGCAGCCUCCCGGAGUGGGGGCGCAGGAAGAGACCAAUACAGGGGGCUGCAUGCGAAGACUUAGGGACAUGGUAGAGAACCCCCACUCUGGCCUGCCAGGGAAGAUCUUCGCCUGUCUGUCAGUGAUAUUUGUUGCCAUCACCGCUGUGACGCUGUGUGUCAGCACCAUGCCAGACCUCAGAGAGGAGGAGGAGAGGGGUGAGUGCUCCCAGAGGUGCUAUAACAUCUUUGUGCUGGAGACGGUAUGUGUUGCCUGGUUCUCCCUGGAGUUCCUGCUGCGCUUCAUUCAGACACAGAGCAAGUGUAUGUUCCUGCGAACGCCUCUGAACGUCAUUGACGUGGUGGCCAUCCUUCCCUACUACAUCACCCUCAUUGUGGACUCGCUGUCAGUGGGAGGGAAACCUGCAGGCUCAGGGAACAACUACCUGGAGAAGGUGGGGUUAGUUCUCAGAGUCCUGCGAGCUCUACGGAUCUUUUACGUGAUGAGGUUGGCCCGCCAUUCGUUAGGGCUUCAGACACUUGGCCUGACAGUGAGGAGGUGCACACGUGAGUUCGGCCUGUUGCUGCUGUUCCUUUGCGUGGCCAUGGCUCUUUUCUCCCCACUGGUGUUCCUAGCCGAGAGUGAGAUGGGCGCCAAGCAGGAGUUCACUAGCAUCCCUGGGAGCUACUGGUGGGCCGUCAUCUCCAUGACCACAGUCGGCUACGGAGACAUGGUGCCCAGAAGCAUCCCCGGUCAGGUGGUGGCGCUCAGCAGCAUCCUGAGCGGCAUCCUCCUCAUGGCCUUCCCCGUCACGUCAAUCUUUCACACCUUCUCUCGCUCCUACUUGGAGCUGAAGGAGGAACAGAGCCGGGCGCUGAGGCAGAAGCCGGACUCGCAGGACAGCACCAAGUCCCAGAACAGCGAAGACUCUCAGGAGACGGAUAGCUACCACGGCAUCACGGAGGCCAUAGCCUCAUCCGUGCAGCGGAGGAAGUCCAUGGCUGUUCAGAGGGCUGCUGAGAUUAGAGCGUCCAUGCAAACUUAGCUUGCCCCGUCUGUCUGUCUGUCUGUGUUCAAGUGGCAGCCCAGGAGGCCGUGACCCAGCGCUGGGACUUCAAAGUUGACAAGCUGCAGGAUUGUGAGAAGGGAGGAGAUUUUCUUUUCUGGAGCUUGAGGUCUCGGCUUUGAUCGUGUGAAGCGCUUGUGCACCAGAGUGUAUCUGAGUUUCUUAAGUUUUACAGAGGCGGUGCAGGGCUGCUUUUUCUUCACAAAUUUGACUUAAAAGAUGGGCAACAGAACAGUAUUCACGAUUAAACAACUGAAUUAAAAUGAUUUUAAAAAAGGGACUGAGACACUAGUCUCAUUGACUGUGAUUCAGACUUGAGAUAAGUCUGUGCAAAAGGGAAAUCUAAAAACCAAAACAUCACACGUUGUUUGCAGACCUCAGACUAAUAAUUAAUGUUUCUCAUGUAGCUGCUUUUGAGAGGAUUGUCUGAAAUAAAGCUGUUUGUUGAGAUGUCAGACAUGUAGUUUAUUAAUGAUGCAAUAUUAUCUCUGUUCAUUCUGUAUUGUAUUUGUACCAAAUAACUUACUGUACCUGGGACUCUGUUAUAUAAGGUUCACACAUGUAUUAUAUGAGAUAUGUCAGCACACUUAUUUGCAAUGAAUCAGAGCUAAUUAAUCUCCAACAUAAUAACACAAACUAAUUUAUCUGUCAAAGGGCUAUAGUCGGUUGGGACGUUUUGCUCAGUGGCAAAUGACAAGAGGAUUGGUGCCACACUCAUUAGAUAGCUCUGUCUGGAGCACAUGCUGAGGCUUUAAGAGAAUAAUUAUCCAUACAGGGAAAUACGCUUAUUCAAUUUCAUGCCAGGAGUUAGAAGAGAAGAUGGAUUUCACUCUUACAUUUGUACAUGGAAUAUGAGCUACAGCCAGCAGGUGUUUAGCUUAGCUUGGCAUUAGCACUGGA